CACUCAAAUGUAUUGAGAGACGCGUUAAAUAUAAUCCGAACAAUAAAACCAUGAAACUCACCGAAAAAUUCUCUCCCCGUGCGGCAUCUGGGAACCACUCUAGAAGUCAACGUUGCCCCGGGCACUUCUCCACACGUUCUCUAGAUGUCGCUGCGCAGCCACCCCCCCGGAGACCUUCACCAGCUGGAAAUUCCCGGUUUAACCUUCACGGUUUUCCUUAAUCGAAUGAAUCUCGACGCGUCCUCAGCCACCAUGCGCAGGCUGAUCCUCAAGAAGCAAGAAGACCGCUACAAGUCCGAGCUCAAGGACCUCAACGAAGGCAUGGAGGCCGCCAUGACGAGCACGGCCUUCAUGCUCAACAACGACAUCGCUCGCGGCGAGGCUCUAGUCAAAGACCGACACCACGUCAGCUCGUAUCACGCAAUGGCCUACGGGGGCCUGAAAACGGUGCAAGCCGUGCUGACGAUCGAUCCCCGCGACAUUGACGACACUUCGCUCAUUCUCACGACGUGCAUCGCGGCUUGUCAAAGACACAGGAGCCAGGAAAUCGUCAAACAACAAUCUUCGUUCGGGCAAUUCAAUAUUUUCAAGAAGGCGAUUGAUUUGGCGACUUUGACAGACCCGGAAAGACACGCGGAAUUGUGUUUUGCGGAAGUGACGUUGUACAAGACCAUUAUUUCCGUGUCUCAGGAUGACAGUGUCAUGGGAAUGUGCAAAGCCGUCAUACAAAUGCGACGGUGUCACAACAUCUUCAUCGAAUGCCAAAGCAUUAUUAAUAGAGCUCAAUGGUCAUCAACCAAGUCCAAAGAAAACUUCAUCACUGGUGUGAAACUAGGACUGGGUAGUUUCAACCUUAUGCUAUCCCUAAUCCCACCCAAGAACCUGAAGAUGCUGCAACUGAUUGGACUGUCAGGAGACAGGAACUUUGGACAUAGAGAACUUCUAAGUGGAUUUCUAAUGCCUCAAACAGUCAGGACAUACACUUGUGGACUGAUCCUUUUAAUGUACCAUCUUUAUCCUGGGUUCAUCUAUUCCACUGGAGUGGGCAGUGCCAAUGCAGAGAGGCUUGCUGUGGUUAAUCAAGUGAUAGAGAAGCUCAUGACCAGUUUCCCUGAAAGUUCUUUGGUGUAUUACUUGAGGGGGAGAAAGGAACAGUUGAUGGGGAACCUUGAAGAGUCCACUAGACUCUAUCAGUUGGCUAUUGACAGGCAAACUCAACUGCCCAGUUCACAUCCUGCGGCAUUCUGGGAAAUGUUGUUCAAUUCUUGCACAAGUUUGGACUACGAUGCUGGAGUACGUUAUGCGGAUCUGCUACUCAAGAGAUCAAACUGGUCAAAGUGCACUUACUGCUAUAUGAGAGCAGUCUUACAGUAUGUCAAAGGAAAUCCAACUCAAAAAGACUUGGACGAAAUCAAGAGAUUGCUUCGCGAAGUUCCCAAACUCAAGAGAACCAUCAGCGGCAAAGGACUGUCGUUUGAAGAAUUUGCAAUCGCCAAAUCCGAACGAUAUUUUGCACAGGGGCAAAAGCUCAUCGUUCCACUGGUUGAGGUUAUUUACGUUUUCAACGGAUUCCUCAUGUUGGGCUCGAGGCAAGACGUGGUUGCCAAACUCGACCAACUCGUGAACCAAGGCAGAAAGGAAAUUGACAAAAUUGACAAACGGGAUUACUUGGAAGAUAACCUGGGACUCUGGCAUUUCAUGAAGGGGGUUUGCCUGAGGACAUUGGGGAAAACUGCAGAAGCCUUGCAACACCUGAGAUUGGCAGUGAAGGCCAGGGUGCGACAUGAUCGUUACAUUGCCCCACUGGCAACGUAUGAAAUUGGCGUUUUGCAAUUAGCCCAGGGGGAUUUGCGAGCUGCGCAGAGCUCAUUUCGCACUGCGCUGUGGGUUGGCAAAUCACCGUACUUGCUUGAGAACCGGCUUCAGUUCAGGCAAGGGUUCAUGCGGCUAUGGAAGAAGUUGCAGACAUGUUGCGGGAAAAGGCGAGAAAAGGGGGAGUCACAAAGACGAGAAGUGCAAUGUGAUUCUGAAAUCUGCAAACUUAUGCUGCGUAAUUUUCUUGUACGAGGUUUUCUUUCAUUUUCGCGAAAUAAAGUGAGAUCUACUUCUGCGACAGAC